AUGAAUAUUAUAAAAACAAAGGAUAUAAUCGAUAAAAUUAAAUAGCCAAACUAGCAAAUUAAUGAAGGAAAUAUAUCGAUUUUAUUAAGCAAGCUAGUUAAUAAUAAAUAAAAUCACUCUCCAGAAGAGUUGUCUUUAAGAUUUUAAGAGCUGCCUUCAGUUUUAUUGAAUUGGAUUAAUAAAUAUCAAGAUAAAACUAGCCCUGACAUUCUUUUAAAAGCUAUCUAAAUAGUCAAAAUAUUAACAUCUUGUGUAAAUGGGGCUAAGUUAUUUGAUAAAUAUGGUGCGAUUGAAUUUUUUUAUGAAUUCAAAAAUUUUUUAGGAUAAAAAGCAGAUCUCAAACCACAUUUGGCUCUUGUUGAAGAAAUUUUGAGAAAUAUUGUUUAGUUGAGAGAUUUAUAAGAACAAUAGUACACUCUUGCUCAUCCAAUUAAUAUAGAAAGCAACUUAGGAAGCAAUAGUAAUCUGAAUGAUGUAGAAGCAGACAAUGUAAGAACAGUUAAAAGUAGUAAAAACGACUUAAGGAUUCAAGAUGAAGAUUAAUAUAUAAGCUUUAAUCAAAAUUAAUAAACAAUAAAUAACAAUACUUUGAAGUCAGAUACAAAAAAUGGCAUAAAUAAUUCAAUAAGAUAGAGCAAUAAUAAUAAUAAUAAUUCUUCAUUUAGUAGUUCCCUUAAUUAAAGAGCUGUUGGGUAAAGCUUUAACAGAGAAACAUUAAGUGGAAUAAGAGGAGGAUAGUUAGAAUUCGAAGAAACUAUUAAAAAAAUAUAAAUUUUAGAAAGACCAAAGCAGGAAGUUAUUAAAGAAUUUAAGCAUUUACCUCAUUAGGAAUUAAGUGAAAGUGAUGAUAAAUUCUUAUUUGAUAUUGGAGUUCAGUUAAAGUUUAGUGAAUAGUCUAUAUAAUAUGAUAUUUUAACAGAGAUUCUUCCAAAUAUAAUCAAAGACUAUCCUGUUGAGAUAUUCAGAAGAAAAAAUGAAAUAAUUUAAGAACUAGUUUUUAUUUAGCAAAGAGCCACUUCUUAGUUGUUUGUUUAUCACUCAAUAUAAAACUAAAUUGCUAUUAUUAAAAAAAUAGUUAAAACUUUUAAGCAAGUAGACUCUGGAGUAUAUUAAGAUUUAAAUAUCUCUAGAGCAGUUUAAAUGCAUUUAAAAGAUGAAAAAAACCACAUUAAAUAUUGUUAUCCUUCUCUAAAAAAGCCAUCUUUUAAUCCAGAAGAUUAAAAUUCGCUAUCUAAAACUUACUCAGGUUAAUGGACUUUUUAUCAGAUUAUUGAGUUCAUUUGCAGUAGCACAUUUGAAAAUAUAAAGUCAAACAUUUUUGUUGGUUUGAUAUGCUCUCUUCUUGCUGAAGUUACAUCAGCAUUAAAUUAUUUAAAGACUAUCAACUUACCUGCCACAAGAUCAUUGCUUUUUGAAAUUCUUUCAAAGUUUUCUAUUGUUAUAGAAUAAAAGAGAGUAGAAAUUUAUGAAGACUUAUCAAAUCUUUGCCUUCUAAUACAAAUCAGAAACUUGUUUUGUGUGUUAAAGCCUGAAGAUUACUAAAUUGAAGGAUCAAAUAAGCUUCUAGACUAGCUUUACUACUACAUUUUCAAUCCUCAAUUGAGAUGCAUUUAUUCUAAGAAAUAAUUUGAUGAACUUUAUGCAUAUGUUGAUAUUUUUGGAAAAUCAAACAUUUAAUCAGAUAGAAAAUUAUAAUCACUUCUUGAGUCUCUUGAAAUAUUAAAAAAAUUUGAUAACGAGAUUAAUCAAUAUGCAGAAGGAGUGGCAUUUGUUUAAUUGAAGGAAUAUUAAUUAUUUAUAGAGAAUAUUUCUAAAUUAGUUUAGGCAUUACCAUUUACAAAUCAAACUAAAUAUCCAAAGCUCUAUUUAGAUACUUUAUUAUACACAAUCGCAGAGAAGCCCACAAAACCCAGUGGAGAUUUAUAUUACUAGGAUGUGAGAAAGUAUUUUAUCUAACUAGCAAACAUACCAACAAAACUAUCUCACCUUGUAUUUUAAGAAAUCUUGAGCUACAUUAAUAGAUCUAAUAGAUUUAUAAAUACUAAAUCUGGUCAAUAGUUAUCUUUAUAAAAUCUGAUAUGCCAAUCACUAUUAGACCCUUAUUUUGCAAGCUAAUUAAUUUUAGCUGGUUUAUCAAAGGAAGAGAAUAUUUCUCUCAUUUUGCAGAUCAUUCAUUAAUUCUGUACUCUUUAUUUCAAAUAAAGUAAUGACGUAGGUGUUAUAGAUCAUAUCUACAGAUUUAUUUCAGUAUUCAACUAGCUUUAGUAUGCUGAAAAUGAGGCCAUUUCAAAAAAUGCAGAGUUAUUAACAGAUAUUUUAAGAAAUAAAAGCGAAGAAUCUUGGGUUCAUCUAAUAACUUUAGACUUAUUUAGCAAACAUCCUAUUAUCAGAAAAAAGGCUUAUGCAAUUUUAAGGAACGAGUAACUUUUAAGAAAUACCUACUUGUAGAGAGAUACAACACAUUUUGUUGCACGUCUCUUAAUUGAACAUAAAAAAGAUGAAUCAACUAAUUAUGAAGAUGUUCUUGCUCCCUUCCUUAAUGAAUAAUAAACUCUCAUUAGCUAUUUCGAUAAGAGUUUACAAUUUAAUUCAAAAAAAACUGUUCAAGUCAACUUAGAAGAUAUAUCAAAUCUUUAUUAAGUGAUAAUUGGAGAAAAUGUUGAAAUAAAAUUAAAAUAAUCUGCAGUCGAACAGCUAAUUGAAAAAUUGACUUAUCUCGAAUCUAAAUAAUAUGUCUAACAAGAGAUUUAGAAUCUUGUAAUUCUCUUAGUUUAGUAUUCUAUUUCUGUAAUUGAAACCUCUCCUUCUAUCCCAUUAAGAACUAGUAUGCUGGCACUUCUUUCAGCAUUUUUAUGCAAUUUCAAACAGUUUGCAAAACUUAGAUUUUAAGUCUUACUAUGUCUAUCUCCUGUUAAGUAAGCUAGCCUCAAGUAUAGCUUAUUAACUAAUUUGGUCAGCUAAGAUAAAGAUUUAAGAUAUUAUUCAUUAAAACUUUUAUAUGCCUUAUGCCUUAAUAAUAAUUAUUUAUAUUAUAGAAAUAUUUAAGAAAAAUUUAAUCAGAAUUAAGAAUUCAGUGAUUUUUAUGCUCAUAUUCUUUUAAAAGAUUAAUAUAUUGAUUUUAAAAUAAACUUAACUUACAAGAGCAUUGACGAAAACUUAGUUGAAAUUUGGAAAAUUUAUCCAUUAAAUGAUUUUGAGGAUUACUACGUGUAAAAAUAUCUUGAAGCUUAAAAUGCUGACUCAUUAUAUUCUAAGAACGUUACAGACUUACAAUAAACUUUUAUAAUAUAAAAUACAAACGACAAUAUAGUGUAACAAGAGUAUUAAACAUGCUUUGCAGUUUUAACUUAAUGGUUUGACUAUUACUGUGGAUUGACUCCUGCUAACAGAACUGAAGAAUUCUUUACUGGGUUUGUUUGUGAGUUAUUUAUUAAAGUCUUGAGUAGUGAAUAUUCCUAAAUGCAUGUAAACUACGCUUAUACUAUAAUUAGACAUAUACUAAAGUAGACUGAUAUUAAUGAAUACAAAUAUAAUAUUCCUCUUAAUACUCUCAUCCAUGAUAUAAUAUCAUUUUUAUCUACCACUACUCUGAGCUAUGUUUACUAAAUUCCUACUCUUAAUUUAAAAGAUAAAGCUAAAAUGAUCGUUCCUUUCUUUUAAUGUCUUAUAUCAUUUUAAAAGUUUAUUCAUAAAUAGGCUGAUCCUAAAUUGAAGCAUGUUUUAACAAAAAAAAUCCUUAAGUAAACUUUCAUGGAUCUUAUGAUGAAAUUCUUCAAUGCAUUCCCUCACAAUUAAACUUACUUUGAUACACUUGUUAAAUUCCAGACAGUCCUUCUUGACUAGCCUGAAUCUCUUGAUUUUGACAUAAAUUCCUUUAUGAAGUAUAUAAUGGAAUAGCUUCUUAUUAUGUAUAAACCUACUUUUGAGUUUAUGUACAAGUCUAAAUUGAAGAAUAUACUUAUUUUCUUCUUGAAAUACUUAAGUCUUUUUAGCAGUUCUUAAUACAUAACUGAAGCCAUGCAACGUUCAACCCUUGUAGCCUCGAAAAAGAACCUCUUAAAAGCCAGUACUCUAGGAUGGAUAUUAAAAUACACUGAUGAUAGAUGCACUUAAAUCCGUGUUUUAAGCUGGAACAUUCUUUUGCAUUUAAUUGAGCCAAAAGUACUUAAAAUAUAUAAAUCUAUUGUUGAACUUGCUGUAGAUGUUGUUAUGUCUCCUAAUGAAGCAUUUGGAGUCGUAAUUUGUGCUGCAAGAGUUUUAACAAAAGCUUUGUAAGUGUAUGAAGAAGAGAGCGAUUUUGAAAAGAACGAGGAAAAUGAUAGAGACAUCUCCUAAGACGAAGAUAUAAAUGAAGAAUAUAAAAACCCAAGGGAAGUUGAAACAAGGUUUGAAAUUUCAGAAGUGAUGAGUAUCAUUAAUGGUAAGAAUCUAAUUUCUCAUGUUAAAUUGAUGAUUGAAAAAGAAGGAGCACCUGAAAUUUUUUAUGCAAAUGCUAUUAGCCUACUAUAUAGAAUAACUAGACUUGAUGGAUAAAAAUCACUUGGAAUAAUGAGCUAAUUAGAACUCUUUGAUAAAAUUGUUUAGCUUCUUGAUAAAAAAUUCUAUGAAAGACAAGGGAAAAUAGCUCCAUCUGAUGGAAAAGAUAGAUCAUAAAUUAACUCAGAAAGAUUAAUGAGCGUUUCUUUAACUUGCAAUUUCCUAACAUUUAUUUUAACUUUAGAUAAGAACUAAUAAAAUUACUUGAUAAACGGAACAAAUAUGCUUGGCAAUUUACUUAAAUGGUUGAAAAUUAUCUCAAAUUCAUACAUCCAUCCUUAGUUUUAGACAUCCUUUAAAAAUAAAAAAUCUUUGGAUGAUUGUGUCAAUUCAAUAGUAAAAUUGCUUCACACGUGCAUUAUUUUUAAUGAAGAUAUAACAGUAUUUAGUAUAAACAAACGCAUGCAAGAAAAAAUAAAAGAAAAAGUUACUGAUGAAAGUGAAAUAGGAAAUUACAUUAACAUAUUUAGAUCUAUUUCAUAUAUCAUUGAUUAAUCUAAAAACGAUGAAAUGAAAAGAACAUGUAUUUAAUUUAUUGGAUAGCUUUUAGGAGGUUGGAGACAAAAAGGGAGCCAACUUAUAGAUUCUAAAGAUUUUAAUCAAGAAAUUAUAGGAGAAAAUCUAACACUUUAAACAUAUAGACAAUAUAAGCUGUUGAAUCAUCUUUUCAUCAAGUAAGAAAUAGAAUUUUAAUCUUUUAAAUAAGAAAGAAAUAAUGUCCUAUCUGCUUUAGCUGGUAUUCUUUCGUGUUCAAAUUAUUCAAAAUAGGCUUUUGUUUGUUCUGGAUUCUACUAAGAUAUUAUUAGAGAAUUAUAUUCUGUAUUGGACUACAUAAAUGUAGAAACACAAACUGUUUUCAAUGUAACUACCACUUCUAAUAAAUAAUCAAUGAAAAGAAAGACUGCAAAAGAAUCUAAUAUAGCAGUAAAAUAUAAUGAAAAACCAAUCGAUUCUAGUGAUUGUUUGUUUUAUAUCCGUCUUUUUAAGGCUGUUUUUUGUGAUAAAGAAGAUGAUUCAUUUAAAUUUGAUAAAAUAAUGGAAACUUUAUAAAAAUCUUCUACAAAUCUUCUCGAAAUUCUUUAUAAGCUUUAAUUAUUAUCAAUAAGAAAUGAAGAUGAAUACUUUGAUGCAUAUUCGAGAAUGAUUACAAAUUUCUCUUCUCAUAAAGUUUUCUCUUAGAUACUGUGCUUAAGAUUAGUUGAUAAUCGUACUUAGUAAAUACUAACAGACAUACAAGCUAAUAUUUUAAAAUUGGAAGGAAUCACAAAGAAUCAAUUUAAGCACUGCAUGAAAAUUUUAGAAGUACUUGGAUAAAAUCAAGAAAUAAGAAAAGUAUAUUAUAGAUAGAAGUUUAUUGACUAAGUCAAUUAAAAAAUAUUUGAAAUUUGGAACAAAAAAAGAGAAUGGAACCCUAACAAUUACUUUGUUUAAUACUUUGUUCAUUUCCUUUUAGCCUUAUCUUUCCACCAGGAUGCUCAUCAAAGAUUAUUUAUUGAAAAAAAUAUAUUUGACACUCUGAUUGCUAUUUUAUAAGAGACUAACUGCAGAGGGAAAUUGAGUGAGAUGAUUUUAUUAUUGCUUUGUAAUGUUUCUAUUUCAAGUGAAUGUAAAGUAUUCUAUACCUCUAAAGAAAAUUAAAUGCCUGCUUUGAUGAUGUCUGUAGUCUCUUCUGAUUCAAACGAUUUACUUUAGAAAGACAUAAUUUGCUAAAUGUUUGAAAAUUUACUUUACAAGUGUAACUAAGCAAUAAUAAUGUUUAACAAGCCAGAAGUUGUGCAAGAAUUAUAAUUUGUAUAAAGUAAAAUUUAAAGGUAAAUUGAUAAGAUACAAAUAGGAAUUAUUCAACAAGCUGAAGAAAAUAAAUAAUCGCAGGGAGAAAGCUAAUAUUUUGAGAACGAAAAGAUGAGUGAAGAGAUGCAGCAUAGAAAAAACAUUGUUGCAAACUUAGCCCAUGUUUAACAAAUAUUAGCUACAGUAUGGUGA